AUGUGCAAGAGAAUUGAAUUGUUGGAACAAAAGCACGAGAAUUUGGCAGCCAAUAGACAAAAUUAUGAAAAAGAGCUGGUGGGCAUCAACGAAAAAUUUAAUGUUACGGAAGCUGGUUGCA